AUGAAAUUGUUUGGCUUUUUGAAAAGACAAGCAAUUAAUGAUGAACAUCAUAUUAUUUACUCAAAUAAGGAUGAAUAUCUUGGUAUUUGCAAUUAUUAAUUUUUAAAGGGGAGAUGAAAGACAACACGAAGCACGGUAAAGGAACUUAUAAGUUUGCUAAUGGUAACCGAUAUGAAGGGGAAUGGCAUUUCAAUCAAAAACAUGGAACUGGGAAAUAUUUUUACAGUAGUGGAGAAUUGUACAUUGGUUAAUGGUAGCAUAACAAGAAGAAUGGAUAUGGACAACAUUUCGGAAUUUAUGGUGAUAGAUAUGUAGGAAACUGGCUUAACAAUUGUAAACAUGGACGAGGUACAAUCUAUUAUGCAGAUAACUCAAUUUACUCAGGUAAUUCUAUAUAAGUAACUAUGAAGGGGAAUUCUAAGACAAUAAGAAACAGGGUUCUGGAUAUUUUUACAAUGCGAUUACGAGAGAGCUGACUUAUUAAUUAUAUGAUAAUGAUAAAUUAAAAGAGUAAAAAGCAGUUGAUUAAGUUCCUUGCGAUUUUGAAAAUGUGUUUUCUGCGUUUUUAGUGAUAGAUAAUAAUAAAUUAUAUCUUCAAACAUUACCCAAUAAUAAGACAGAUGAAACACAUUAGAUUUAGCAGGAAACUUAAUAAGUAUUGAAUGAGAUAGUGGCUCUGAAAGGGAAAAAGAAAAGUAUAUAAAUUUUAUAUUAUAUUUUAAUUUAAUAGUGUAGGAAUGGAAUAAAGAUGAAGUUUGUACUUGGUUAGAUUACUUAGGAUUAUCAUAAUACAAAGAAAAAUUUAUACAAAAUCACAUGAUAGGAGAGAUUUUACAUGAUCUAACGGAUGUUGAAUUAAAAGACGAAUUGGGCAUUGACAUCUCAGCACAUAGAAAUCUCAUCCUUUAGCAAAUAAAUAUACAUAAGAAAUAUUAUAUCAAAAAAAUGGAAGGGUAAAUCCAUAGGGCUGAUAGUGAAAACUCAGGUGAUCAAUCAUCAAAAUAUGAUUAACUGUAUUCGAUAAUCCAAAAGAUUGAACCUGUAGUAUUGGAAAGUCCUGGGAUGGAAGUCCUCAAAUAAAAGAAAUCAAAAAAUAAGCGGUCAUCUGGAGGGUCGGAAGAUAAAUUGAUAUAACCUGAAAAAUAGGACCAACAAUAAGAGACUGCAAAGUUCUCACCAUAAUAGGGAAAUUAGGGAACGAAUUUAAAUGAAGAAUCUAAUAUGGCAGUAAGCAAUUAUAAUAUUAAUAAUGCAACUGGUUCAGAAUUUUCAGAUGUGAGUUCUUGCUGUUCUAAUGAAAAAUAAAAGGAUUAGUAAUUGGAAUCUAGUCAAUCUAAUUCACCCAGUAAAUACAAUAUGUUCAAAGAGAAGAAUUUAUAAGAGAAGCAUUAGGAAAAACUAAUGAGCUUGUUAAAGAACUUAGGAAUCAAUGAGAAAUUGCUGAUUAAUUAUUAAGAAAUCAAACAAGGACCUCAGAUUGGAAAGGGGAGUUAUGGAAUUGUUUUUAAAGGAAAUUGGCUAGGUUAGGGAGUGGCAAUCAAAUCUUAUUGCUAACGGAAAGAUUAAUAAAAACAUAAAUAAUUAAUGGCUGAUUUUCUUAAAGAAGUUUAAGUUAUCUCUAAUUUGCGACAUCCUAAUAUAGUUCUUUAUAUGGGUGUUUGUAUCAAGCGACAUAAUUUUUACUUAAUUACUGAGUAAAUAACGAUAUAAUUUUAGAUAUAUGGAAAAUGGGAGUUUGUAUGAUCAUAUUCAUAAAAGGAAAACUAAAAAUCUUAAUUUUAUUUAAAUAAUUGAAGACAUUACUUUAGGAAUGAAUAAUCUUCAUGGUAGAAGAAUAAUGCAUUGUGAUUUGAAGUCAUCCAAUGUGUUGAUAGAUUCGAAUUGGAAUGUAAAAUUAUGUGAUUUUGGUCUUUCAAGGAUUAAGAGCAAGAAAACUAAAAUUAUGAUUGGAACACCUCAUUGGAUGGCCCCUGAGAUAAUGAGAGGAGAACCUUAUACUGAGAAAUCUGAUGUGUAUUCAUUUGGUAUGAUUCUAUGGGAAAUUAUUACUGGUAAAAUGCCUUAUGAAAAUCUUUCUGUUACAUAAAUUCUGGGAACUGUAGGAUGGGGACAUACUUAAGUUGAAAUUCCUCAAUCCAGCAACCCACCUAUUUUGGCAAUUCUAGCAAAGGAUUGUCUUAAAAGAGAUCCAUCCUAAAGACCAACCUUUGCUAAAAUUCUAGAACGGAUAUAAGACAGUCAAAAGCAGAAAUGUAAAAACAAGGAGAAAGCUAAGAAAUACUUAAUUGAUUUUUUAUCUAAUUGA